CUAAAUUUGUUUUAAGUUUGAAGGCUGAAGGCUGAAGGCUGAAGGCUGAAGGCUGAAGUGUUAAUAAACCGGUUCGGGAACUGAGGACCGUGCUCGUCGGCGGGCUCGUCGGCGGCGGCUUCAUUCUUCUGCCACCACGACGCCUCUAGGCGAAGCCAUAGCUCUCUGCUGCUGCUGCUGCUCCUCCUCCUCUUCCUCUAGUCGCUCUAUAUCCUUGCUCCACACAUGGAAGGGGAUGGCGAAGCACCGCUUGUGCCUUACAGAUGCGGCGAGAGGGAUCUGGAUGCCGCCCUCCGUCGCCUAGAGGUACUCCUGUCCUCUCUCGGCUUUCCGACCUCCUCCUCGCUCGGCCUCUUCGCGGCAUCCUGCGUCGCCUUCCUCUUCCUCGGCGUCGCCGUGCCUACCGCCGCGAUCUUGCUCUCCCGAUGCUCGCGGUCCGGCUGCGAAGAAUACGAGGUGCAGCAGUUCGAUCUCUGCGUUACGGUGUCGGAGACGUCUCUGGCGGCUGUUUCGCUUGUGACCAUCUCGCGGAACCUGCUCAAGUAUGGUAUGCGGAAGUUCCUUUUCGUGGACCAGCACCACGGCUAUGUUGUGAGGUUACAGGAGAAAUAUAUCUCUAAGAUACAGGACUUCUUCCAUUUGCUUCUUUGGUGGAUACUGCCCUGCUCUCUUGUGAAGAUUGCUCGUGAAAUUGUCCGUUGUAUGUUCAUCUUACAUGAGUCCACAUGGAGAGCUGUUGUGGUUUUCUUAGCCUCAAUAUUGUCGUGGCUCUAUUUAACAGCAGUGCUUUUAUCGGCUACUUUGUUGUUUAAUCUAGUUUGUAAUUUGCAAAUUAUUCACUUUGAAGACUAUGGUAAGGUUUUUGAAAGGGAUGUAGAUCCUGUUACGCACUUGGAGGAACACACGCGCUUACGAUUUUAUCUUUCCAAAAUCAGUCAUAGAUUCCGCAUAUUCCUGCUGCUACUUUUCUUGUUCGUUACUUCAAGUCAGUUUGUUACACUCUUUCAGACUACUGGAUACAGUGGAAACAUCAACUUUGCUAACGCUGGAGAUAUUGCUGUGUCAUCAGUUGUUCAGGUGGUUGUUGUAAUUCUUUGUUUAAAUGCUGCUUCUAAAAUUUCUCAUAGGGCUCAAGGCAUUGCAUCAUUAGCCAGCCGAUGGCACGCUUAUAUAACAUGCUCUCCUACUGGUUCUCAAAUGCAAAAUACAAAUAGUGCUGGGAAUGUGGAGGUUAUUCCUGAAAGUUCAUCAGUAAUGGAUAAUUCAGAAAGUGACUUGGAAUCUUUUGAAGAUAUGCUAAUGCAAAAUACUUCUCAGUUUACUUCUUCUAUGUUCUCAUUCCAGAGGCGGCAAGCCCUUGUUACAUAUCUACAAUCGAACCCCGGGGGCAUCACAAUCUUUGGAUGGACAGUUGACCGAGUGUUGCUCAAUACCAUCUUCUUCCUCGAGCUAUCCCUCAUUCUUUUCGUGCUUGGUAAAACAAUUGUCUUCACUGGGAAGAAUUGACCUGCUUUGUUCAUACAUUCGACAGAACAGAAGUUGUGACCUAAUUUAAGGGAAGUUAACCUUUUCAGUUAAGUGAGACCGCAACAAACAAAGAUCACAACAACAUAUGAUCUGGAGUAGUUGUGGUCUGGGCAGGAAGCUACAAAUUUACAAGCUUCUUUUUGUUCUUGGUCGAGUAGUUCAAGCUAUAACUGGAUGAUUGCUCCUGUGAUUGGGCAACUAACGACUUCUUUUUUAUACUGUAAUUAAUGUGAAAAAAAAAUUUGAACAUUUACACGAUUCAUAUAAUAUAUCAUCUAUUUUUCUGUACUCUCUUUAGGUUGCAACACUGCAGAACAUGGCGAAGGAGCAAAUUCUUCAUCAUGACCUUAAACCUAAUGAGGUAAAAUAAAUCUCUUUAUGUUAUUUUUCUAACAGAUCAUUUUUUGCUCUGUUUAUUCAAAAUUUGAAAGCAAAUGCAUGUGGAAAUUGCACCAUGGAAUCCCUAUGACUAAUGACAAAAUCAUCUUUGCAUUGUAUCAUUAUCACAUCAUUAAGUUAAAAUUUCAUUGUUUAGGUUUAAUUUUUCCAAUUUCCUUCCAUUUCUAUAGAUAUUUUAUUCUAAAUGCAUAAAUUCUUCAAUUGCCGGAAACAUUUUCACUGUAGGUGGUAGCUUCAAAUGCAAGCACCACUCCCUAUCCCUUCCAUUUCAAGCAUGCGUUAACUUUUUUUUUCUUUCUUUCAAAGCCAACUUUAUCGUCAAACUUAUAUUAGUCAACUAAGUGCACAUCUUAAACCCGGAGUUCAUCUAGGCAAGCAAGCUAAUGAUCGGUUUUCGACAAAUCAACUGAACCCAACUGACCAAGUUGAGUUUAUGUCUCUUCUAGGCCACCACCACUCUUCUUUUCCCCCUCCUCUUUUGAACAAACAGUAGGUUUUGGCAAUGCAAACAUGGCAUGUGGUAGCUUUAGUAAAAGAUCAAAGUCUAGCCCUACACUGCAUGCUUGCCAAUUACUAAUCAACAUUCCUUUUGACUUUUGACCACACCAUUCCCUUUUUUGUCUUCAAAAAAAUUGCAAAAAAAGAUUUAGUUAAUUAAUUACCACCAGACUCAUUACUAACUGACCUACCCCUACAGAUAUUCUCUAAAUCCAAUCAAUUAAUUGUUAUGUAUGGGCUGUGCCUAUAAAUAUACAAGACAUUCAGCUUGGUAUGCACUCUUGCACUUAAAAACACACUCGUGGCUUCUUCUCUUCUUCUUUUUUGUGUUCUUGGUUCGGAAAUGUGAUUAGCAACAGUCGAGAGAGUUGAUGUUACGGGGAAUCAAGCACAAUGGUCCGAGAGAAGAAUUCAUGUAAAAUGAUCUAUUUGUUAUCUAAUCAAUAUUAUAUUUGAAUGUUUUCUUUUUUACUAGUUAUAAAAUGAGUGAUCUUUGUAUGCAUAUGAGCUGAUUGAGUUGUUUAAACAUGUGUAACAAUUUGUAUACGAUAUUUUGCGUUUGAUCAAAUGGUGUGAAGCAAGCUAAUUUCA